AAUGAACAAGCCUCUACCCCACACCAAGAUUUCCCCCACCUUCGCACACGGCUUCAGCCUUACCUCACUGCAAGUCCUCCACAAUGGCACGACAACGCGGUCAAGGCACACUCUCUUCCUAGACUACUACACCACCAUCGCGCGUCACUAGUUGAACCUACCGAAAUCGAUAUCUUGUGCCAGAGAACACCUGCGAAAAAUGUCGGACGACGAUUUUAUGCAAGCCUCGGACGAGGAGUACGACUUCGAAUACGAAGACGAGGAGGACGAUGAUACCGGCGAUGUCGACAUUGAAAACAAGUACUACAACGCGAAGCAGACCAAGGCCACAGAUUCAGAGGAGGCCGUCGGACAGUUCCUCGCUAUACCAGCGUUGGAGCAAGAAAAGGGAGAAUGGGGGUUCAAGAGUCUCAAACAAGCCAUCAAGCUCCAGUUCAAGCUCCAGCACUUUCAGCAGACUAUUGAGAACUACAAGGAGCUCCUUACUUACGUCAAGUCGGCUGUCACGAGAAACUACUCUGAAAAGUCGAUUGACAACAUGCUCAACUUCAUCGAGAAAGGCUCCGACAGCCCCGCAGCGGUCGAGUGUAUCGAACAGUUCUACUCGCUCACCCUUCAAUGUUUCCAGAGCACCAACAACGAACGCUUAUGGCUCAAGACAAACAUUAAGCUCGCCAAGCUUCUUCUCGACCGCAAGGACUACCAGGCAGUGAGCCGGAAGCUUAAGGAGUUACACCGCGCUUGCCAAAAAGAGGAUGGGAGCGACGACCCUAGCAAGGGAACAUACUCGCUCGAGAUCUACGCUUUGGAGAUUCAGAUGUAUUCGGAAACGCGGAACAACAAUCAGCUGAAGGUGUUGUACCAGCGAGCCCUUAAAGUGCGCUCAGCGGUACCGCACCCCAAAAUCCAGGGAAUCAUCCGCGAGUGCGGUGGCAAAAUGCACAUGAGCGAGGAGAACUGGAAAAAUGCACAGAGCGACUUCUUUGAGUCAUUCCGCAACUAUGACGAAGCCGGUGAUUUGCGACGUAUCCAGGUGCUCAAGUAUCUUCUUCUGACCACCAUGCUAAUGAAGUCCGACAUCAACCCUUUCGACAGCCAAGAAACCAAACCUUACAAGAGCGACCCCCGCAUCGCCGCCAUGACGGACCUAGUGGAUGCCUAUCAGCGAGAUGAUAUCUACAAGUACGAGGACGUGCUCCACACAAACAAAGACCUGUUAGCGGACCCCUUCAUCGCCGAGAACAUAGACGAGGUCACGCGCAACAUGCGAACCAAGGCCGUCUUGAAGCUCAUCGCACCCUACACUCGCAUGCGCCUGAGCUGGGUCGCCAAAAGCCUGAGAAUUGGCGAGGCCGAGGUCCAGGACAUUCUCAGCUACCUGAUUGUGGACGGCCGGGUGCAAGGCCGCAUCGACGAGCACAACAGCACCCUGGAGAUUGAGUCUUUGGCAGAUGCGAGACGCGUAAAGACAAUUCAAGGCCUGGCCGACUCAGUUGGUGAGCUCUUUGCAUCGGUAUUCAAGGAUGCCGACGGAUUCCGCCACGCGGUUGUCGACACCUCUUUUGCCGAACUUGGGGGUGAAGUUAGUUCGUUUCCGGACAGUCUUCGAGGGACUAGUCUGAGGUCCGCGGGAAGACAACGCCGUGGAAACCUGAAAAGCGGGUUCGUCAAUAUGGCGAUGCACUAAGCAUGUGAAUAUGGGGGGUCGUCAGCAGUUCAACUCGAGCUAGGAAGGUCGAGGAACCCGCCUCCCUUGGACACCGCAUUGGUUUGCAGCCUCUCUCUGACGUGUAACGAUAUCGAGGGUUGGGCAGCAUGGCGCGGCUGGUCCAUUGAUGGUGACAUGACUAGAAGGAGAGAUACCACGAUGAGAACACAUCCGACUCUAGAUUAAUGACUGCGAAUCUUUAUUAUUACUGCUGCGGUCCCGCUUCCGGGCUUCUCUUGUGCAAGUGACUGCCAAGACUUUGGAGGAUGAUGUAAGAUGAAUUAUCUUCUAACUUCUUGAAGCUCUACACU